CUUGCCCAAAACACCACUAUAAAUCCCAAGCUCAUUUCCUCUCUUUACUCCCACCAUUAUCACAAACCCAACACAAGAGUCUUUAACUUUAUAAUAAGAAAAAAAAAAUCUUCAUAUAUAAUUAAAACAUCAUGAGUUGUGUUCAAGGGUGGCCAGAGCCGAUAAUUCGUGUUCAAUCCCUAUCGGAUAGUGGUUUGGACCGGAUACCCGACCGCUACGUCAAACCAUUGACGGAGCGGCCGGUGGUGGAAUCCGUGGUGAUGGACGAGGAUGACAAGGUGGAUAUUCCCAUGAUAGACCUGGCAGGCCUCUUCUCUGGUGACUCGGAGAUAAUCCGAGCCACCAGAGAAAAAGUAGGCGAGGCCUGUCGGGUCUGGGGAUUUUUCCAAGCUGUCAACCACGGUGUCCACCCCGAUCUCAUGGAUCAAGCGCGCCAAACUUGGCGCGACUUCUUCCACCAACCCAUGGAGGAGAAACAAAAACAUGCCAACGACCCCAAAACUUAUGAAGGGUAUGGAAGUAGGCUUGGGGUUGAGAAAGGUGCUGUUCUUGAUUGGAGUGAUUAUUAUUUCCUUCAUUAUCUCCCUUCUAAUUUGAAGGACCACACCAAAUGGCCUGCUCAGCCUCCUCAUCACAGGGAGGUGGUCGAGGAAUACUUAGGAGAAGUGGUUAAAUUAGGUCAAAGAUUAAUGAAAGUUUUCUCGUCUAACCUUGGGUUAGAGGAAGAUUAUCUUCAAAAUGCUUUUGGAGGGGAGGAUAAUGGAGCUUGCUUAAGGGUUAAUUUUUACCCCAAAUGUCCACAACCUGAUUUGACCCUUGGACUGUCUUCUCAUUCGGAUCCGGGUGGUUUAACCAUUUUGCUGCCAGAUCACGAUGUACCGGGUCUCCAAGUCCGUAGAGGUGACAAAUGGAUAACCGUCAAACCUGCUCAACAUGCCUUUAUCAUCAACAUUGGCGACCAAAUCCAGGUGCUAAGCAAUGCAACAUACAAAAGCGUGGAGCAUAGAGUAAUCGUAAACCCUAAUAUAGAGAGACUUUCGUUGGCUUUAUUCUACAACCCAAGGGGUGAAUUGUUAAUUGAACCAGCCAAAGAGCUUAUUAGCCCUGAAAAUCCUGCAAUGUAUCAACCUAUGACGUUUAAUGAAUAUCGUCUUUAUAUAAGGUUAAAGGGUCCCCGUGGAAAGUCUCAAGUGGAGUCCUUGAAAUCUCCUAGAUGAUAGUACUUCAAAACUUUGUUUUUAUGAAAUCAUAAGUUAGUUUAUUGUGUAUGUAUUGCAAUUUGUUGCUACCAAAUGUAAUUUCAUGCAAAUAAACUAGUCGUAAUUAUUCGAUCAUCA